CGACAUUUCUCCAUAGAUAGAGACACAAGGAUGCGUGCUUCUCGUCUGCCGUUGAUUUCAGGCAUCCAAAGGAAUUCUUUCGCGACGUCUUCGCAGAUGUAUACGAAUCUGGCUCUUCCGAUCGCAGGCAGCCUGUGUCCCGGAACAGGCGCACCCUGCGGGCAGAGCAGCGCAUGGGAGAGGAGCGUUUUCCCUCUCCCGCUGUUUGUCUAUCUCUAGUUCUUUCUUCGUUGCCCGGCGGAAAGGGGAAGAAGGCCUAGCACCCUUUGGAGAGGCGCCCACGAACGGGAGAAAAAUCGUUUGCUUCUCGGAUUUGUGAAAAAUUAAGAUGUCUAGUAAAAACAGACACGCCCUUCAUUCGAAUUGUAUUGCGGGUGUGAAGAAUCCGGUAAGACAGGUCACUAAGCUGUGCCUGUGUCUCAUCUUUCAAUAAAGGCGUUUCCUCCACCAAUUCUCGGGCUUUCUCCCUUCUCAGAACGAUAGGUGGCCUGGGUAGAGAGUGCAGCUUCUCACAAACUGUACAACGGUCAAUUAUGUCCAUCUGUGCAUCUACGACUUUGAUACUCGGUGUCUUCCAGACAAUUCCGUUGUUCUGUACACGACGACGCCAGGAAUGACUGCCCACAAUCAUUCAGGACAGCGGCAACGCCUGGACAACUUCCUAGACCGCCAGAGAUCCCCGGCAAACUGCACCUUUUCGAGAGAGACGGGAAAAUUCCGCCUCACCACCUCGCCGUUUUGACAAAAGUGUGCAUGCACAAAACCUGCUGGACCGUGAGCAUUGCACAGAAAACCUGCGACAAACUGCCCGCCUGUUCUCCAGCCUCGUCUAUCGCGUCGCAGUAGGGAAUCGCCUUAUAUUCGGAGACUCAGCCGGGGACCUUCCCGUCCUGCGUGGCGGGCGCAUGCAGGUGCUGACUGUUCGGCAUGCCUUUCGGGGCUCUCUUUCCCGUUUCUUCCCGCUUUUCCCACACCUUCGCGCCACGCAUUUGUGUUUUCUCUUUUCUUUCUCACUCGCCUUCCUCGCGUCUCGUUUGGGGUUGCUUCUGCGCAUUUUCCUCGCCACUUUUCCGCAAGAUGGAGCAGCCGAAGCUCGCAAAGGUCGAGAAGGUGUUGGGAAGAACUGGCAGCCGCGGAGGGGUUCUGCAGGUUCGCGUGACUUUCAUGGCUGACGAAACUGACCUCGCUGGCCGUUCGUUGAUUCGCAACGUUAAGGGCCCCGUCAGAGAAGGCGACAUUCUUGCUCUUUUGGAAACAGAACGUGAGGCUCGUCGCCUCAGAUAAAUUCACUCGAGAAAAGCACGCCGCAUGCGGCUUACCCGCCCCCGCAUUGCGCCUCUCACCCGGUGACUGCAUUAUGCACGGAGAAACCUUACGCACUUCUCGCUCGCGAAGAAAUGGUCACUAUGUAUGUCUCCCUGUGCAGGAAGACUCGGGAUUUUGCGUGGGGUGUGGCGUAAACGACGGAGCGUGCUGCUGGGUCGUGUGUUCAUCAUUCGGACAGAAAAAGCGCCUUCGGGGUGUUGUUUCGAGCUCGACGAAAAAACUGGACGAGACAGGUUGGACGUUCGUCUCUGAGGCAGAGAGAGCACGCGUCGCGACGAGAAAGGAGCCGUGGACGCCGACUGGGGUCGAAAGGCGUCUAUGUCCUUUCGGGGGGUAGAGGUUUCGGGAUCUUUCUCGUGGAGUUUUCAGGUGACAAAGACAAGACUGAACGACAAAACUUAGGCGGAGUGUCUUGAAAGGGACAAGCAAUACUGCAGUUCUCACUCUGCGGUGUUUCGACAGAGCUUGAGGUCUCUUCUGGAUUGCAACGCGCCGUCAAGGCGUUUCGCGGGCUCCGUGAGAGCAGUCGAAGAAGAAAUUUCGAAAGACACGAAUCCGAUUCUUUCGGGAAUGCAUGCGUUUCUCUGUACGAGUCUAGACGUCCCAAGCCUUUCCUACCCUUUUGGGUCUCAUGAACGACUUCAGGGUCCAGCCGCGUCGCUGGAUCCCCGAAGACGCUUAGGAGAUGUGCGUUCUCUGUACCGGUGUCGAAAUCGGAGCACAAACUCUGUGUGCGUCAAACCUGUCUCCGCUGUCUCUGAAAACUGAAACUCUGACAACCUUCCCCUACGUCCGGACCCUCUGGA